AUGGCCAAAAGUUUGGAGAACGGGUACGGUGUGUCUGUUGACGUGUGGGAUGUAACUGAAGAGAAUAUUCCUAAGAAGUAUGAAGAUGGAAGUGUUUGCUUAAAGAAACUUUGGAAUUUGUAUAUAAUAAAUAAUAAUUUUCUCUUCUCUUUUUUCGGUGUGUUAUUUUCUUGGGAAUUGUAUCAAUACACAUUUUCUUCCAUUUCUGAUCAAAAGCCUUUUCUUACCCUGAAGAAGACCUUCUUUUACGAUUUCAUUCCAUCAAAAGGUGAAGAAGAAGCUUCCAAAGUUAACAACACUCCACUGGUAGCCACUCGAGAAUUGGUGGAGAUAAGGGACUUAUACCCUGCCCCAAAAAUUGAUUGGCAGAUCAAGAAACAGAUUACCAAUGAUGAGAUUUUUGUAGGAAUGCUGAUGAUUCCAUUUAUCCAGAUGUUUGAGUACAUUCUUCAAUAUUGGACUUUGGACAUGGCCAAAAUUUUGGAGAACGGGGGUAGGGUGUGUGUUAAUGUGUGGGAUGUUACUGAGGAGAAUGUCCCUAAGAAGUAUGAAGGUGGAAGUGUUUUCUUAAGGAAAUUGUACACUGAUGACUUUUCUCUUUCGUGCAUUGAAUUGUUCAACGGUCGCAGAUUGGGCAUUGGUGAUGAAAUUGGGCUUUAUUGGGAUCCUAGAUCUUCAAGUUUAAUGUUCAAAUUUAUUUCUCAUCGAGCUUAG